AUGUCUUCGACAAGGUGUUGGUCAACGUAUUACAAUAACGCUUACACUGUUAAAAACAGUAUAAAUACGAGAAUGAAGGAAGUUGACAAACUCCAUGUAUUCUUUGGCCUACACGAGCUAAAUACUGUGAAAUUUUACAAAGCAGUUGUCUGCGAAUUCCUGGCCACCGCCCUAUUAAUUGUGUUCGUUUGUGGCGCUGCCGUUACUAUGGACUCAGGAAGGUCCCUGAGUAUCUACACUGGAGCCUUCAACGGGGCCAUGGCUGUAGCCUACAUUGUGUGGACAUUCAACCACGUCAGCGGCGCCCAUAUCAACCCAGCUGUCACCCUAAGCUUUUUUGUUACGGGUCACGUGUCAGUUACAAAGACAGUGGCCUAUAUCAUAGCCCAGUGUGGUGGGUCGGUGGCAGGCGCAGCUCUGACCUGGGUCCUGGUUCCUAGAGCCUGGCGGGGAAAUCUGGCAAGCACGACUUUCUCUGAUGAAAUCACUUUAGCACAGGGAUUUGCCGUGGAAGCCAUUAGCACUUUCACUAUGAUUUUGGGCAUCUUCGCUUCCAGCGACCAGUACCGUACUGACCACGCCGGGUCGUUACCACUGACCGUUGGUCUGAUUGUGUACACUCAAGUCGCCUGGGCAGGCCACCUGACUGGGUGCAGCAUGAACCCCGCCCGAACCCUGGGUCCUGCAGUCAUGGCCGGUACCUGGGACAAUCACUGGGUGUACUGGGUGGCUCCACUUGUAGGCGCUGUAGCUGCGGGACUACUCUACCAGCACGUUCUGGCAGAGUCCCCUAAGAGAGCAGAUCUGAGUAUACAGAUAGACGCCACUGUGUCAAGUACAGCUACUGCUACAGAGGACCUGAAGUUCAAUGAUGGAACAACUGGUGUAAAGAGUAACCAAAUCUUUGGCAGUGUGAAAGAAGGUUUUGACAACCCAUCUUUGCAAUUUGAUCACAAAGCAUGA